GAAUUGAUGCACUUAGCUUUGAAUUGAUUGAAAAUGGUUGAUGCACUUCAAAUUAAUCUUUGUUCUAAAUUUCUAAUUUUGGGAAAAUUUCUAUGUUCAAUGUCAAACACUAAACGUUUUUACUUGCACCCUUAGUCAGAAGUGACAAAAUUGGUGGGACACAAGAAACGAUGUUUGAAAAUUUUUAAAAUACGAUUUUAAGGCUGUCAAUUUGCCAUUACCGCCAAUGGAAUUUACCGGCUUUGCUAACACGACAAAAGCGUAAGCACUUAGCUAUAUGUGCAAGUGAUGAAGCUUUCAAGGUAAUAGAACUGUUCUACAGUCUACAGACUCUGACAAAUGCUUGCAGAGGGAAGAAUGAAAAACAGCAGACAUUUAAAGUUGUAUCGAGAUAUUACAAGAACGUAACCGGGUUCGGUUGUCUAUUCGUUUUACAUUUACCCCAUCCAUUUUUGAGUCAUCGCUGUUGUCUAUAUAAGCAUUUAAAAGAUAAAAACAUGUACCCUUUCCCCAAUCAAAUGGCUUACAAUUAACGUCUUAAACAAGGUUUUUUCGAAGUCUGUAAGCCAACGAGCAUUGCAAGUAUCAUCAAAGAGUAAAAAAGUUGACAAAACUCUUUCGAUUAAAAGCUAGAGUGUGAAACAGGUUAUAAAAAUUAUGUAAGAAAGAGGACACCCAUGUGAUGUGUGUAGUAUAGAAAGAACAAAGUAGAUUGAAAAAAAACUAAAAAUGAAGCAUCGUUGGAAAGAGCAUGAAACACUAAAAUGCUUUUAACUCAAUGGGAUAAACAGCAAUGAAAUAAAAUGAUUUUUCCAAUUUUAAUUAUGAGAACCACAUAAUUUUGCUCCGACAAAAUCUGAAUGUUUCUUAGAGUGCAUUUUGACGGAGAGGCUACCCAUAAUUGCGUUAGUCACAUAAUGCGGCCCAGCUGGGAAAUGCCCACCAACUACAACUCUUUUCUGUUUUCGUUUCUUCAAUGUAUGUAGAAUAUCACAACAUUGACCGAUUUUGUAAAACUUGUGCGGUUAUAAGUCGGGUUAUAAAUCGAGAAACACAAUUCUUUUUUAACGCAAGGAUAAAUGAGACAUAUUCACAGUAACAAAAUCUAUCAAAACAAUGUUAACUGACUCUGGUCAGCUGGACGAUUGAAAGGGGUUAAAAGCGAUGGGCACGAGGGUGCAAGAGAUGGGCAACACAGGCUGCAGAUCAUUUCACGUAGGCCAAUGCUGAUCUUGGUUGCCAGGAACUUGUUGUACAACGACUGUUUCGUAAUGGACCAAAUUACAUGAAGAUAAAAGUAUUCUUUCAGUUAUUCAUUGUUGCUUCAUAAUAUUUCAUUUGUUUCUUUAUUUGUUUGAAGUUCGUAGCUUUAUAGAUGCCACUAACCACGUGUGCUAGAAGUUGUACUCCACUAUUGUUGAGAAAUAUUUUUAUUGAAUUAGCGAGUAAAUAUUGAAUACUUCAUGCUAUUUGUUUGCUCUCUAACUAGACGGCUAAACAUUCGGAUAAUUGCAUUUUUUUUUCCUGUUUAAAGAAAAAUGACGAAGCGCAAGAAAGAUGACUGCAUUUGCGAAUCUACUCUAUCCUCUCCUCUCCAGAAUCUUGUUUUUAACGCUCGGCCAUCAGUGUAUUCCGGGAGGGUUACGUGUCAGAUAUGCUUUGAAAGCUGUCUUAGAAAGCGUGUAAAGCUUGAAAGUAUUGGAACAAUAAAGGAAACACAUUAUUUUAAUGACAGAGCUGACAUCACUGACAAAGCGAUGGGCUGAAUAUGAUCAUUCUUAUAACAAAGUGCUGUCCUUAGUCAAUUGGAGCAGCAAAGAAAAUCACAAAGCAUGCUGAAGAAAAUUUUCCAAGGAAUCUUUUUGAUGUCGCAAAAAAGAUGAACGUAAAAGCAACCAUCAAUUUAGCAGCCAAACAAGAGAGGAGGAAUGUAGAGUUCAAAACAACGGUCGUAAUCAUAUUAACCCGUAAAGGAAAAAUACAAGAGGAUCAUAUAUUCACAAAUCAACACAAGAUGACCGACUUUGUAUAAUUUGCAACGAAGUGAAACAUGUGAAAGGAGCAGUAUUACCAUUGCUAACCAUGUCAUUACAAAGAGAAGAAGAAGCACAGCAUGAAAUUGAAAAAAGUUUGACAACUUUUGCUGAAUUAGACCCUAUAUAUUGAUAUGGUAAAUCUCGUACUCAAUAGCUACCAUAUUUUUUCAACGCACUGGUAAUUGGAGUGGGUAUUUACAAUGUCUUAAAGAAUUCCUUCCUUACUGUUUUGCACUGAACCCUCAUAAGUAUGCCAGAAAUCUGCCAUGCCUCUUUGUUCAUGUUACUAACUUAGAACAUUCUCAUCUGGAAUUGUAUGACAACAUUAUGAAGAACGGUUUUAUUGUCUCCCUUACUGGCCAGCCCUUUACAAGAAUUCCAUGCGAUCAAGUUAUUGAAAUGACAGUUAACAACUCCAGCGAAUCAACAGGAGGACUAUCAGGAAAAACUGAGAAUGCUGGUGCCAGUGAGCGGUGGAUGAGAAUCAACCACAUCGUGGCAGCUUUGAGAGACACGUUGGAUAGUAUGACAAGAAAUCGGGCAAGUUCACAUCAAGUGGAUCUCGAAGAUAAGCGAUUGGAAAGUGACAAGAAACACAUACUAGUUAAUACCUUGACAGAGUGGAUCCCGACUGUUUGGGAAAAUGACCAAGAUAUUGUUAAUAUAUCUACAGGUGCAAUUGCAACAGCUGAGAUGGCUGAUAAUGUAUAAAGCACAAAAACAAGGGGACAAGAAGCCAUGAAAAGUUUCUUUGAAAGAGUAACAAAAUCUCAUCACCCAGAAACCUUUGAAAAAUCAGAACGAUAUUAUGACAGAAUCAAUAGGGAGAGAGUAAUUUCAUUUGACACAAAAAAAGGCAGAAAAAAGUGACUACUUACGAAGAUGAGAAAAGAUCUUUUGGAGAGAUACUGUCACGAUUUGAAAGAAAGAAGCUAAAUUUGCGCAUGAUUAUGGAGUGGCCUGUCACAAGUAAACCAUAUGCUAUCGCUGCAGAAGAUGGAAAAUCACGUGCAAGCUCAAACACACUCGAAACUACUUGCCUACUUGAAACGUACACUUCGAAACCACUUGCAACAGCAAAGUCUCGAUAAACCAACAAAAGGCCCACCUGUAACAUUCAGACGUCUUUUGUAGAUGCAAUGCGAGUCGUUAGGAUUAUAUUGAUUACUGAUGCUUCCCCUCCUACAUUUCUGUCAUGGGCAAAUAGAGUUUUCAGAUAUUUGGAGGCAUUGCCAGAUGAAAUUCUACAUAUUGUUUUUCGAUGAUUAUUCACCGGUUGAAGAUCCAACAAAACUGCUAUCAAAAGGAAGAGCGAACAAGGGCAAGGAAAGAAAGAUUGCUAAUCUAAAUCAGGAUUUGCCAAAGGCAAACGAAUAGUAAGAAUUUCUGACAAACGACAAAAAUAAGCAUCAAAUUUGUAGUUUACUAGCUGACUUGACACCUUUUCUGGCAUUACAACUAAGAAGGCCAUAUAAGUAACAAAGGAACGGCAAUAUUUUGCGAAAUGUGUAGGUGCACCUUUUCAAUCAGUUCGAGAAUUGUUUUAAACCACAGAGAAGCUGAUCAAAGGUAUGAUAGAGAUCUUACAACCUUAAACUUUAACAAAAAUUAUUGUUUCUUCGGACUUGCUUCCAUACCUUAUCAUCCAUAUUGUUUGUUUUCUUAAUUUUUUAUAUUUUAGGCUAGCAUUUCAUAGCAUUCAUGCAGCAAAGACAACAAGGCAAUCUGUCUGCGUAGUUGCGGAUGAUACUGAUAUCUACAUUCUUCUGUUGUUUGUUUGUGGACAAUGUGAUGUCGAUCUUUAUUUUCUUCAAGGAACGAAAUCUUUGCCAGCUUUUCAUGGCCUAACGGGAUCAAAUUACACAAACCCAAUGUAUUAAGGUUGAAAAUACAGUGUUUCAAAAGGUUAUUUAAAAAUCCCGAAAGAGCAGACCUUUUAUUAUCACUGCAAUCCCGAAAUGCCGACAUUGUAAAGUUACUGAUUUUGUUUUACAUGUUAUCUAUAAUCGACCACGAAGGGAGAAAACUCCAGAUAUGCAAUGCUAUAUCUGAACACAGGAAGAAAAAAGGCGUUUGCGUCAACAAAAGCUUUGCCGCCAGAUAGUAAGUCACUGGAAAUGAAAAUCAGACGAUCAAAUUUGGUAUGCAAUGGCUGGGUUAACUGUUUGAACAGCAAUUACGAGAAGCUCGAUCCCUUGUUAUAUGGUUGGAGAUUCGAAAAUGAUGUUUUGUGUCCUCUUUGGUUUGAUGGUCCAUCUCUUCCAAAUGAAGAUAGGAUAAUGACACAACUUCGAUGUGACAGCACAUUUUUCGCGAUUCCAGAAGCUUAGGAGGAAACAUCUAGUGAUAGCGAUGAAGAAACUGGUUUUUUCGACUACGUGAUGUCUGAAUCACCCGAGGGUUCAUCAUCUGAAAAUGAUGUCUAAAUACAAAAACACCUCAAAUUGGACAAACUCUUUUUUAUAUUUAUCUUUAUGUAUUUGGGUAUUUCUCGAUUGAUUUGCGACACUUAAAAGUACGAAAUCAGAUAAUUCUUGUUUUCCAGGGGGUAGUUUUUUUGAGUAAAUCGAGAUGCAGGUUUGCUUUUAGUCAAUUUUGGGAUAAUUAACACAUCUAAAGAGGAGGUUUUGAUCAGAAGAAACAUUUCUUGAUUGUCGAAAUUCACACUUGAACUUAGUUCUGGGCAAUACGGAGAAUAAUGCCACUUAUCAUAACUUCUUACCCCCUGAUUAGCCUAGACGUUUAAAGCCAAAUAUUUCGUCAGGAGUUGAUUUUAACAUACUCAUGUGUUUACAUUCUUUGUUUCUCGUGAUAAUAGCUAUCGAUUUGUGUUUUUGGUUUAAGAUUUUGAUGACUUUAAUUUUUUACCCUAUGGAAAAUUUAGGCCCCAAUUUUUUGUCCAAAUUUGGGACAAACCGCACAAGUUUUCAAAAAUCGGCCAAUGUUGUGAUAUUCUACACACAUCGAAGAAACGAAAACGAAAAGAGUUGUAGUUGGUAGGCAUUUCCCAGCUAGGCCACAAUAUGUGACUGACUAUAAAGGGGUGUCCCCACGCUAGGGGCACCAUUGAGUGUCAUGCUAUGUAAUUCCGCAAGGUAGCAAACGCCCUAAAAGGGCCCUGUGGCGCGAGGCACCCAGAUAGCUUUGUUGUAUGCAAGAAAUUAAGUAGUCAUUAUCCCCUGCAUGUUGAUUCUGAAAAACUGCAGCUUUCUCUCCAAGUUCAGUUUUUUUUGUAGAGGAUUGUCGUCUCGCUCGAAAAUAUGGUUGUUAGAACCCAGGAGCAGUUUAAUCCCACCUUACAACUCAUGUGUUGCUCAGCUGCUGCUGGAAACACUAAAACCUUGUUUUUCACAAAUCGAUGCGGGGGCAAGGAAGAAAUCUUGCAUGGCCCAUUAAUUAUUGACAGUAUCCUUAUCAAACCCCUGAUUUUUUGUAAACAUUGUCAAGGAAAGACUCUGGUUCUUUGUUGUUCAGGAGGUUAGACUUCCACUGUUCCGAAAAUCCGCUUGUUGAACAGCCUCCGUCAUCACUACUUUGAUUCAUAUAUCGUUUUGGAAUGUGAUAAUUUAUCGGGGGGUAUUGACCCUUGCAUUUUCCGGGUCACACAAAACAUCUGUUGGCGAUAAAUUGUUGUAUUUAGUUAACGUGCACACUUGGAAUAUUGCCCUUUCUUGUCUAGUUUUUGCGACAGGAGACGUAAAGAAAGUAAACGGAGAAAAUGCCGUUUUUUCUGUGAAUGACCUGUCCGCAGCACAUAAGUGAGGUUACCGCUAUAUUAUCAAAGGGCCUAGGCGAACCAACAUGGACAUGGUAGUCCCGUGUAGGCCUCGAAGAUCGUCACGCUCAGGAAACGAUUUUACGGUAUCCUCCAAUGAGUUAGAUAGUUUAAGAAGACAUCCAGA